CUUGUCCGCCAAAGUCGUGGCGACCCCCCUGAAAGAAUCCCCUUGGAACAAGCUUGAAGUAUAAUGUCUCGCCGGAGUUACGCUGGGAGUCUUGCUGAAGGAUACGGACAUGAAAGACGCAUAUCAAAGCAUCGGGUGACAGAUGAGGAUCUACUGGAUUAUACUCUUCGUGUAGCUCUCCUAGCCUACUUAAUUCAGCCGAAGGCGGUAGAAGCGUCAAGUAAUGCAGAUACACGAGAGGCGAAGGAUAGGGACUAUUCGUCUCGGUUGUCUGGCGCGCUAUCGAGUUCCAUCUUCUCGAUCGGCGACUUGUUCAAGGAUAUGCGAGAUGGCCCUAAGAGUGUGAAGUUUCCCGAGAGGCUGCUGAAGGUGUUGGAGCAGCGGCUGCAGGACAUUGCAAUGGGAAAGGAUGCGGCUUAUUCAGACCAGUUGGUUCGGCGGACUAUGGCCGUCUUCUACGGUCAGUUCAAGGUCGAUACGUUCCGCAGGCAGAUGAAGGAGAAUCGCAAGAUCGAAGAGCUUAUCCUCAUGUUUGCAACUAACGCGACUAACAUUCUCAAGAAGGAGCCUACUCUCGCGAAUGAUGGCUGGAAACUGGAGCUGAAUAACCAGAUUGCGCUUUUCGUUCGGCUGUUGCGCGAAUGCCUGCGGAAUAUCAGCCAUGUCUCCCCCGAGCUAAUAUCACGCCUGGAUAUGUACACGGCGAAGCUCGCACCCUCUCAAACUUCCAGCGAUUCUGGUUAUGACUCUGCUUCCGCGACCUCAAGAGACCGGGAUUCUCUUCAAUCUCCUACAGUCAGCGGUCACGUGGGCGAUAUGGCUCUGGUGCGGACUGUUGCAGCCUUAUUCAAGAUUCCAGAGUCGGCCCUACAGCAGGAAAUCGACAAGCUGCGACAGUUCUGCACAGAGAAGGCAGCCCUGACGGAUCUGAAGACCUGUCUCAAGAAUAUCAAUGCCGGGGCACCAUUCCCCGGUCGUCGAGAAGACUUCGACAGCGAAGCCGCAUGGCAAUAUUGGCGUCACCUCGAAACUUCCCACCUCUCACAAUUGAUGGUAGUAAUGGUCCAAUUCAACCCAGAACUAGCUAAGUCGACGCCUGCCGAUGCCCUUCCGUCUACUGCAGGCGCAAGGCCCGGGUCUAUCUAUUCUGUGCGUGCUGUGGAGCCGUCCGGGGUCAGCUCACGACAUGGAUCGAUCAGCAGUCGACGUUCCGUCAUUGGCCGAUCCGACGGUAUUUUCGAGGAGCUCGAAGGGGAUGAUGAAGUCCAGGUUGGACACAAUUUCACUUACAUCCCCCCGAACCCGAAGAAAUACUACAAGCGUUUAUUGGAAUAUUGUAUCGGAGCUGACCUGGAGGCAAUGCUCAGCGACGAUGUGAAAGACGACGAUGAAGUGUCCCUCGGAAUCCUUACAGCCCCCCACAUUGAACUGCUUAAUGAGUGCGCUUUGCGGUGGCGCAUUGGACAACCGUAUCGCGCUGCCUGUUUCUUGGAUGUUGUGCGGUCACUGUAUGAACGUAAUGACGUGCCUCUCGAGUGUAUACCAGAGGCAUUACAGACGAUAAGCAAAGUCAUGCAGGAAAUCGACCUCGAUAAAUGGCCAACAGCAGACGUCGAUUACCUUGCUUCAGUCUACAGCAGUCUCUUUGGCGUCUUCAUAUCCAACCUAUAUCACGCUAUGGAUGCAAUACCGAAUCUGAAGCCCUCUGAUAUAUCCUCGUAUCUGUCGAUAUUGGAGCACGUGCAUGGAAGCGGCCUUCUCGAACGGUUUGAGAAUGACGUGUCGGCGCGCUUUGCGGAUGUCCAGGAGCGUGUGCGGCAGGUCUCUGCGUACUCGUAUGAUGAGAAGAUGAAGGAGCUUGAGGCUCAGCCUGGUGUUAAUCGUGCGCUCCCGCUUUUACUCAUGACAGAUGAGAUAGAGAAGACGGCCAAGACUCUGGAUAAACGAUUCCCAGAACCAAUUCUCGGACAAGUGGACAUCGUAUCCUUGGUAGUGGAAGUCCAAAUUCCUCUCUUCCUGGAAGAUUUGGAAAAAUCCCGGAAACGUUUAUUUGAGGAUUCCAUGAACGGGCCAACGCCCGACGUUCCAAUUGAGGAUAUCUUUGCCCUUUAUCGGCGCACGAAAACACUGCUCGGCAUGUACAAGGCAUUCUGUCCUAACGCGCAGACUGAGUUCGAUCUAGGCGGCUUCUUCGAACCGUACGUCCGACAAUGGUUGGUGAAUACGGACAGUAAGACAGCACAAUGGGUGCAGAACGCAAUUGCAGCGGACAAGUUCCAAGCAGAGGAUGCAUCAGGUCACAGUUCAUCCAUCGUCGAUCUCUUCGACUCCCUACGCAGUCCUAUACAAUUCCUCCAAGACCUGGAAUGGUCAGAUGAAUAUCAGGAAGCACGGUUUGCUACUAGUCUGGCCAAGACUAUCAGCAAAGCUGUAGAGCAGUACUGCCGAAGCGUGGAGGAAUUGUUCAUGGCCGAGAUGUUCCCCCGCCCAGCCGACUUCUUACAACCCCAAAAGUCAUCUGCAUGGCUCGAGAAAGCGAAGCAGUUGGCACAAGGCGAGAAGAAAGUGGAACCCUUCAAUUUCCAGCCCGAGUCCUGCGUGAAGCUCAAUAACGUGGAGGCCGCUCGCAAGUUAUUGGACAACAUGUAUAACCAGCUCCAGGCGGACAAGAUGGCUGAGAUCUUGGAAUCGGCACCUCCGGUACCAGAGAAGCAGGAACGUCCGCGGUUCCUAUUCAGCGUCAAGAUCGCUAUCGCAGAAGGACUCGUACCUCUGGAUAGCAGUCCUUCCUCGAAGCUUGACACGUUCGUGACGCUCAGUGACGAAGCCGGGAAUCGACUGGCGAAGACACGGACUAUCUACGAGAGCUUAAAUCCACGAUGGGACGAGACAUUCGAUAUCUCUGUGGAUAAACCGUUGUGGUUGAUGAUCAGCGUGCGGGAUCGUGCGCUUGUAGGAAAGCAUGACACCGUCGGGAGAGCUUACAUCUGCCUGGACCCUAGGCGCUUUGGGGACUUUUUAACCCACGAUCUUUGGCUGGACUUGGACAGUCAAGGUCGCAUCUUGCUCCGUAUCAGCAUGGAGGGUGAGAAGGAUGACAUUCUGUUCUACUUUGGUCGUGCAUUCCGGUCGCUGAAGCGAGCGGAGGGCGACAUGGUCCGCAUAUUUAUCGACAAGAUGGCUCCUUUUAUCGAGCAAUGCCUGUCAAGGACGACUUUAAAGACACUGCUCAAAUCAGGGUCGUACAGUCUGGACUACAACAAGGCCCUUGGCAACGUUACGGCGUUGUACAGGUCGGCUCUCGGUGCCUCGUCCAGUGAGGUCCAGAUACCGUUGCCAGACGGAGAAAAGCCCCGCGUUAGGCCUGAUCAGUUGACCGAUGUGGAGCUGGAGCAAGCCCUGUCUCCGCUGUUCGAUUACUUCGAUGCGAACUUGCAGACAUUCAAUACCUAUCUCAGUGAUGACGCGAAGCAGAUGGUCAUGACACGCGUCUGGAAGGAGAUUCUCAACGUCGUCGAGGGGCUGCUUAUUCCUCCGUUGUCGGAUGUGCCGAGUGAGAUGAAGCCUCUGAGUGAUAAGGAGGUGGAUGUCGUCUUCAAGUGGUUGAAGUUCCUACGGGAUUACUUCUAUGCUGGUGGAGAAGGCCCUGUACCUAUGGAGUCGCUCCAGAAUCAGAAGUAUCGCGACAUUCUGUCCAUUCGACUCUAUUAUGACUGGCACACUGACGCGCUGAUGGAGGAAUGCGUGCGGAUGAUGCAACAAAGUUUGAAGGCUUCGCCCUCGGUGAAGAAGCGCGCAAAGAGUGUAUAUUCCCAACGCAACCUCGGUACGAUCAAGGACAGGAAGAGGGAAAAGCAACAAGAGAAAGAGGUCACCAACGGGGAGACUAUCUUGCGAAUCCUUCGGAUGAGGCCCGGAACGCACGACUUUAUCUCCCAGCAACUGCAGAUCAUGACGCAGAUGCAAGCAGAGCAGGAGAAACGCUCGCAAGAAACUCAGCAACGCAAGGUGCAACGCCCGCGGCAGAUGGGCAACGCCAGCGUCAGCAGCCUGCAGAUACCGCCUGUACCAGCCAUUCCACCGAAGUCAUGAACCCUGUCCUACCUCGGAUACCUUAGGAUUGGAGAUCGGUUCGCCCUGUUUAUAUCGCCAUAUCAGUAUACCUUCAUACCUGCUUCGGAUUUGGUUUCCCAUUUACCGCAUAUGUACUGAGAUUCGGAAUCAGCAUCUUUUGGACUUCUUC